AGAGCUCUGAGUCUCUGACUCGGCGAUCCGAAAUACCUUCCGAAGAAUCGCCCGUUCCGCCGCGAAUUAGGGUUAGGGUUUCUGCAAAUCUCCUCCUUUCUCCCACAAUCUCUGCCUUCUCUCACUCCUCAUUUACAUAAGUACCCUCAUGUCCUACAAAAAUUACCAAUCCUCAUCCCCUUCUUCUUCAUUUGCUCCUUCAACUGCUGUACAGGGGUAAAAAUGGAAAACAUCAAUUAAUUUCAUUUCCCCCCUUUUCUCUCCCAUUUUUCUGCCUCUACAAUCAGAAAUUCAACAGAAAAAACCUAAAAAUCUGAAGAAAAUUACAGUUCCUGAAAUCCGUUCCAAUGGCCUGGUUCCGAUCCGCUUCGAAAAUCGCGAAACUCGCCAUCCGGCGCAAUUUAGCGCAGUCCGCCUCAUCGUACUCCACCGCGCCACGGAGAAUUACCCCGGCACCGUGGCCACUGUCGCACCAUCGCCAGCUCCAUUCGACGGUCCUGCGCCCGAAGGCGCAGGCCUCCACCGCCCCAGUCCCACGCCCUGUCCCACUCUCCCGCCUCACUGACAGCUUCCUUGAUGGAACCAGCAGUGUCUAUCUCGAAGAGCUGCAGCGGGCCUGGGAAGCAGACCCCGACAGCGUCGAUGAGUCGUGGGACAACUUCUUCCGGAACUUCGUUGGGCAGGCUGCUACAUCGCCCGGCAUUUCUGGGCAGACGAUCCAAGAGAGCAUGCGGCUGCUGCUCCUCGUGCGGGCGUACCAGGUCAAUGGUCACAUGAAGGCCAAGCUCGAUCCGUUGGGGUUGGAGGAGCGUGAGAUCCCCGAUGAUCUUGAUCUUGCUCUCUACGGGUUCACGGAGGCGGAUCUUGACCGUGAAUUCUUUCUCGGGGUGUGGCGGAUGGCUGGGUUCUUGUCUGAGAACCGACCCGUUCAAACCCUUCGGGCCAUCCUCAACCGCCUCGAGCAGGCAUAUUGUGGGACAAUUGGGUAUGAGUAUAUGCACAUUGCUGAUCGCGAGAAGUGCAAUUGGUUGAGGGACAAGAUUGAGACGGUGAUUCCGAGGAAGUACAAUUACGAGCGUCGGGAGGUCAUCUUGGAUAGGCUCAUCUGGAGCACGCAUUUUGAGAACUUCUUGGCCACGAAAUGGACAGCUGCAAAGCGGUUUGGGCUCGAAGGUGCAGAGACGUUGAUUCCUGGGAUGAAGGAGAUGUUUGACCGGUCAGCUGAUCUUGGUGUCCAAAGCAUCGUGAUUGGGAUGUCGCAUAGAGGGAGAUUGAAUGUGUUGGGUAAUGUUGUGAGGAAGCCAUUGCGUCAGAUCUUCAGUGAGUUUAGUGGCGGGACCAAGCCGGUCGAUGGGGAAGUUGGGUUGUAUACGGGGACGGGUGAUGUGAAGUACCAUCUGGGCACUUCUUAUGAUCGGCCCACUAGGGGUGGGAAUAGGAUACAUUUGUCGUUGGUGGCGAACCCAAGUCACUUGGAGGCCGUUGAUCCAGUUGUGGUCGGUAAGACUCGGGCAAAGCAGUAUUACUCAAAUGAUGUAGAUAGGACGAAGAAUCUGGCCGUCUUGAUUCACGGUGAUGGAAGUUUUGCGGGCCAGGGUGUCGUGUACGAGACCUUGCAUCUGAGUGCACUUCCGAAUUAUACGACCGGUGGGACGAUCCACAUGGUUGUUAACAACCAAGUGGCAUUCACGACCGACCCAAGGGCUGGGAGAUCUUCGCAGUAUUGUACUGAUGUAGCUAAGGCCUUGAACGCGCCGAUCUUCCAUGUGAAUGGUGAUGAUAUGGAAGCAGUGGUCCAUGUUUGUGAGCUUGCAGCUGAGUGGCGGCAGACGUUCCAUUCAGAUGUGGUGGUUGACAUAGUGUGUUACCGUCGGUUUGGGCACAACGAAAUUGACGAGCCGUCUUUCACGCAACCGAAAAUGUAUCAGGUCAUUCGAAAUCAUCCGCGUGCUAUUGACAUUUAUGAAAACCAACUUCAAGAAUCAGGGCAGAUCACGAAGGAAGAAAUCGAAAAGAUGCACAACAAAGUGAAUUCCAUUCUCAAUGAGGAGUUUAUGAACAGCAAAGAUUAUGUUCCAAGAAGAAGGGAUUGGCUUUCGGCUUAUUGGACUGGAUUUAAAUCCCCUGAGCAGCUCUCGCGUGUUCGAAAUACCGGGGUGAAACCAGAGAUACUGAAAAAUGUUGGUAAAGCUAUCACGACUUUUCCAGAAAAUUUCAAGCCUCACAGAGCAGUCAAGAAGAUUUUUGAGCAGCGUGCUCAGAUGAUCGAAACCGGGGAGGGCAUUGACUGGGCAGUUGGUGAAGCACUUGCUUUUGCUACACUGCUAGUGGAAGGUAACCAUGUUAGGCUGAGUGGUCAGGAUGUUGAAAGAGGCACAUUUAGUCAUCGACAUGCCGUGGUUCAUGAUCAGGAAACUGGGGAGCAGUACUGCCCGCUUGAUCAUCUUAUCAGCAACCAAGAUGAAGAAAUGUUUACUGUCAGCAACAGUUCUCUGUCAGAGUUUGCUGUCCUUGGAUUCGAGUUGGGUUAUUCAAUGGAAAAUCCAAAUUCAUUGAUUGUGUGGGAAGCUCAGUUUGGAGAUUUUUCAAAUGGUGCUCAAGUGAUGUUUGAUCAGUUUUUGAGUAGUGGGGAGUCAAAGUGGCUGCGCCAAACUGGGCUUGUUGUGCUACUUCCUCAUGGUUAUGAUGGUCAGGGCCCUGAACAUUCAAGUGCUAGGUUGGAGCGUUUCCUUCAGAUGAGUGAUGACAAUCCUUAUGUCAUUCCUGAGAUGGAUCCAACUCUUCGCACACAGAUCCAGGAAUGCAAUUGGCAGGUUGUUAAUGUCACAACCCCUGCAAACUAUUUCCAUGUUCUUCGUCGCCAGAUUCACAGGGAAUUCCGUAAACCGCUGAUCGUGAUGGCUCCUAAGAAUUUGCUUCGGCACAAGGACUGCAAGUCAAACCUAUCUGAAUUCGAUGACGUCCAAGGUCAUCCCGGAUUUGACAAGCAAGGGACCCGGUUCAAACGGCUUAUAAAGGACCAGAAUGACCACUCUGAUCUUGAGGAGGGUAUCAGGCGCCUGGUUUUGUGCUCUGGAAAGGUUUAUUAUGAGAUUGACGAAGAACGGAAGAAGGGCGAUGCAAAGGAUGUUGCUAUAUGCAGAGUCGAGCAACUUUGCCCCUUCCCGUAUGACCUUAUCCAGCGAGAGCUGAAACGAUAUCCAAAGGCAGAGGUCGUCUGGUGUCAGGAAGAACCCAUGAACAUGGGUGGGUACACUUACAUUGCUCCUCGCCUCUGCACUGCCAUGAAGGCACUGGGCAGAGGGACCAUGGACGACAUCAAAUACGUGGGGCGGGCACCAUCUGCUGCCACGGCCACUGGUUUCUAUUCAGUCCACUUGCAAGAGCAAACGGAUCUUAUUCAGAAGGCGAUACAGCGGGACCCCAUCAACCCUUCAACUUGAAUACCCCUCAUGCAUGGAGGCGACGACAAGCCGUUCUAAAGAAAUAAUGACGUGGGUUCCAUGUGCUGCUGUUGCCCCUUCACUUUGUAGGGAGGUUGAAGUGGUGAAUCUUCUCUUCAUUCUGUGACAUUUUUGCCCUCAUCAAAACUUCAUGGUGUGCGUAUUAUUAUAUGGGCGUUUGGCUUGCAGUUCGCAGCCAACCUAAUGUGUAUGAAUUGGGUAGUCCUUUUUGAGUGUAUGCAUUUUUGGUGGGCUCCACAGACUGAUGACCUAAGACAAUGUAGGGCGGAGAAAUGGCCUCCUAUCUUUGCAAAUUGUUCAUAGGGCUGCUUUUUGUAAAA